AUGCCAAUUUUUGAUCCAAAAGAUUCUGAAGAUGGACAGAUUGCUUCUGACAUAGCUUUAUGUUCUAGUGAGGGACGAUCAGAAUUGGAUCAAAUUGUGGUUUUGACUAGCAAAGGACGAAUUUUAUGUUUUGAUGUGAAGCUUCCUUUCCCUCCUGUUAUUGGCGAUGAGAGAAACGAAAAGAUUUUCUUUGAGAUUUCAAAUGCGCUCAAAGCAGCUUCAUCUAAAUCUCCUAUUGGCGAGUUUCAACUUCAAAAUGAACUCACGGAAGCUUCUUCCUCUUCUUUGGAUGGCAUGCUUGCUGCUGAUGAUAAAACUUUUUCAUCUUUUGAUUCACUUGAUAAUUUGUGGUCGUUAACAAGACUGCAUGGGGCAGCUUCUUUGCCUUCUGCUUUUCAAUGUUCUACUGCUUCAACAUUUAUGGAAACUUCUAGUUGGAACACCCUACUAGCAAAUGAAGUUCAAGUCCAUGCUCCUUCAAACUGGAUUGAUACAACAAUUGCUCGCCAACGGCGUUCCAGACGUCCAACAACAGCAACCUCCACUUUUACUUGUUCGUCAACAUCUUUAAUGUCUGACGAUAAAAGAGGAGGUGGAGGGGAACAACAAACAACAACAACAAAAUUGCAAAAUACAAGAACUGUUUGGACAUUUUCUCGUAUAGAAGAAACUACAUUUCCUAUAGCUGCUUCUAAUAUUUUGGAUCAAAAUUUGGUUUUUGAAUUUUCUAUGCCGCCAAUAAUGCCUGUUAGCCAUAUAGAAAUUUCUUUGGGAUCUACCAAUUAUUCUUCUCCAUCUUCUCAAUCACAAAUUGGAGGAUUUUUAAGUAUUUGGCUUUUAGACAGUGAUGCAAUCAAAAGAUUAUUUGCCAAGAUUAGCAGCAGUUCGGGCAGUUUUUCUGCUUCACAUAACAAACAAAUGCUUCUUUCUUUGUUGGGAGAAAAUCCUGAGAAUUUUGUUGAGGAAAAUGCAAAAUGUAUUUAUGGUCCUAUAUCAAUCGACGAAUUGUCUUGUAAUUUAAAUAGACACUCAAAUGUUGUUCGUCUCCGUAUUAGUACUAGUGCACUUUUAUUGGGCGCUGCAGACUUGUUUAAUUGUGACAAAACACAAAAGGGUUGGAGCAAUCAGCCUCUCCACUUCUUCAUUCAUUACAAACCCCCAGAAAGUGUUGUCAACGAAGGUUUAAACAUUUACAAAACGUCAACAGGCAAAAGUCUUUUCCUUCGACAACAACAACAAACAAAGCUUUUGGAACGUUUUGGAAUAUUCAGAGGUGGAGGAGGAGGUGGGGGAACUUGUAGCGGUGGUAAUGAUUCAACAACAAUAAUUACCCCAGCAUUAGUUGGUUCCCCUUUAAAACGAUCUCAUCCUGGAGGAGGCGGGGGAGGAGGAAGCGAUUCUUCUUCGAAUCAAAAUAGCGGUGGAGGAGGCAACAAUACAAAAUCUUCUCCACCUUUUUAUUAUCCAGCUUCUUCAGUUAAAUCAACAAAUUUGGGGUCUACUCAAGUUCCUACUUUGUUUUCGCUUCGAAUUCAUUUUUGUAGUAUUCAUGGAUUAAAAUCGGAAAAUUAAUUUUUAAACGAAAAAUGCUCAUUUUUCUGGAGCAAUUUAAAUUAGCUUUUUUUCUUUUUUAUUUUAAAUUGUUUUUUUAUUUAUUUAUAUAUUUACUUCUCUCUGGAAUAGGAAUCCGAUUUUUAAUUUUUAGAAACGAAGAAAGAGAAGUAAAUAUUUAUUUAGGUUUUUCUUUGUCUUUGUUGCUGUUUUCGACCUCUUUAUUUUGUAAAAUUCGAAAGAAGAAAACUUUUAUUUUGGAAGGAGGAAGGGAAAGUCCAAGGGUUUUAGGGUAGGAAGUCAAAGGGUUUUUAGACCUUGGACCUUCUUUUUAGAUCAGGAGGGUCCAAAUGCUCUAAAAAGGUUUACUCUAGU